AUGUUGAGCUUAUUUUUAAAUAUUUUUUUAGUUCCAACAGCUUUACUCCGUUGGAAUCAAACAGGCUUUACUAUAGCAGAUAUUAGUGGAGUACCAGGAAAUGGCAGUGAUAAACUCAAUACACCUUAUGAUGCAACAUUGGACUAUCUCAAUACACUAUACAUUGCAGAUGCCAACAAUAAUCGAAUUCAGAAAUACUUGAUAGGUACUUCAAACGGUACAACUGUUUGUGGAAAUGGAACAACUGGUUCAUCUUCAAAUCAGUUGUCGAGUCCUUCAUAUGUACUGGUUGACUCAAAUGGAAAUAUUCGUGUAGAAGAUACUUUCCAUCAACGAAUUCAAUUAUUUUCUAAUGGUUCAUCAUCGGGAAUCACCAUUGCAAGUAGUGGUAAAUAUCCUUAUGGUAUUGCAUAUGAUUCAACUUCCGAUAAACUUUACAUAGCAGACUAUAACAAUGAUAGAAUUAUGUGCUAUGCAUCAGGAGCAUCAACAGGUGUUGUAGUUGCUGGCGGAAAUGGACGCGGAACAAACAUCACACAACUAGCAGGGCCUAUUCGUGUGUAUUUUGAUUCAUUCUCAAACAGUCUUAUCAUUGCCAAUCACUUGGCUCAUAAUAUUGUUCGUUGGCCGUUAGGUGCCACUAGUUGGAUACUACUCGCUGGUGAUAUCAAUGGAAAUUCAGGAAGUAAUGCAACAACACUGACUUAUCCAAUAGAUGUGUCUUUGGAUCCUAUGGGUAACAUGUAUGUUGCGGAUAGACUUAAUUAUCGAAUACAAUUAUUCUUGAAUGGGCAGACAGAAGGAAUAACAAUUGCUGGAGCUGCAGGUAUCAGUGGUAAUAAUUCUAUUUUGUUAAAUAUGCCAUUUUCGGUAGAACUUGAUAGUCAACUGAAUUUAUAUGUCAUAGAUUCAAGUAAUCAUAGAGUACAAAAAUUUUUACGGUAUUAA